UACGUCAUUCCAUGAUGGCCGAAGAUCCUGGUGGAACACUUUUCAAUUUAUUUCAUUUUUUUCUUUCUUUCUCUCUACCUCAUCUUGCCAUAGAGACAUGGCAGGAACCACGUGCACGUUAAGCGUUCGCAGAUCAUUGGUGUCGACAUGCCCAAGAAAGGGAACCGAAAACGGCUGAAAUUUAGAGCUGGGGACGUUUGUUCGGAAUCAGUGACAGUGGCCGAUUACGCUGAUGCCGACCCAGCAGUUGUGAAGUCCGGGAGGCUGAAGAAGGCUGUUGCAAAUGCAGUCGAGAAAGAAGUAAAAUUACUCUGUGGCCUGGAGGCAUCUCAGGGUUCUGUAGAAGAGGUCCUGUCUUCACGGAGUGUCACAGGGGAUGGUUUGGACAGCAGUGAUGACCUGGACCUGGAAGAGGAUGGAGAAAAUGAAACUAAAGUGGCACACAAGAAGAAGAACAAGAGGAGAAAGGAGAGCAGUGAUGGGGGGGAGUAUCCAGUGGACAUCUGGUUAAUGCUCGCCUCCUAUAUUCGGCCAGAGGAUGUGUGCAGAUUUGCUCUAAUCUGUAGGAAUGCCUGGACAGUCACGUGCACUGCUGCCUUUUGGACAAGGCUCUACCGAAGGCACUACAAGAUUGGUGCUGAUCUACCAUUCCGCCUCCAGCCCGACUGCAUUGACAGGAUGUGCUCUCUACGGGCCCGCGUGAUUCGCUCGCUUUUCCAUUUGUACGAGCCUUUCAGCCUGCGCGUCUCAAAGAUUCCUGCCCUGCCAGAGUCCACGCCAACGACUUUGCUCAACUCCAAGUGUUUACUGUUCUGGGUCACAAAGGUGUCAGGGACUCGGCCCGAGGCAUUGUGGGAGUUCAACUUCAAGUUUCUUAAGCAGCAAAGACACAGUAAAAAUGGUUGUGCCAAGUCCUUGUAUAUGCCCAGACAAUACGAAGAUGUCCACACGAACCCAGACUCUGACUGCUACGUGCUUCAGGUCACCACACUCAACUUCAUCUUCACCCCUGUGGUCAUGGGCAUGAUACUGUCCCUGUUCACAAUCAACGUUAGCACAGACAUGCGCCACCACCGCGUUCGUCUGUUGUUCCAGGACACGCCACUCCAGCGGUGGAAGAAGCGGGGGGAUCAGGGCGGGACCCAGGUGGUGCUGGAUCCAGUACACAGUGUGAAGCUCAUGGACUGGUGGCACCCACACUACCCCUCCUCACCCCACAUUUAGGAAUACUGCCCUGUUAUCCUUCAUCGCUUCCCAAUCAUCAAAAAUUCAAUAUGGGAAGACUGCAAAACCCUGGAAUAUAUUAAUUCACAGUCAACAGUUCACAAUUUUAUUGUCUUACGUUAAAUAAAUCCCAGGUUGAGUUGCCUGCGAUUGAAUGUUCUGACCUCCAAGUGUCAAAAUCAAACAUUGUUGCAUGCCGAACUACCACACCAUACUAAUUUAAUUUUAGCAUCAUUGUUCUUCAGAAUGAUGCAAUUUACCACAGAAUUGUCCUGACUGAACAAUAUUCCUUGGAAUACUGCUCUUGUAAUCAAUGUUAAAGAAUCUGCGCUAUAGGGAGAUGACCAAUCACUGUACUGAAACUGAAAACGCCUGCUGUUUCAGAAGUCCCAGAGUUUGCAGACGGGUUGAAAUGAACCAGGCAGCACGGCGUGGAAAGAUCUUACUGCAAAUUGUUUAAUGUUACACACUGAACAAAACUGAUUAGAUCAGUGAUAGAUGAUAUAAAUUAUGUAGCUCAGCCCUGCAGCUAUGGCUUAAAGGAACGUGAACUUUCACAGGUUGCAUUAAAAGAAGUCAGCCAUUAUUUUACAUUGGAGAACAUGUUGCAUGCUAAACAAGUAAAGACGGCAGCACCUCGUAAUAUGUGAGUAUUAAAGACACUGCCCUUUACUGAAAGGGCCAAAGAGAUGAUUCAGCAUAGACAUCUUCCACUCAUAUGUUGAUUAGAGUGGUCUUUCUUUGUAGUUUUUCUAGGCUAAAAACCGUUUGUUUCUCUCCUUCCUCACUAAGUGAGCCAUGAACCCGUUUUCCCCCGCUGAGGAAUCUCAGGGGUCAAAGUGCUAAAAGGGGUCUUUAGGGAAUGUUGUAUCCUACCAAUCACAUAGUUGAUUAUGUUCAUGAGAGAGCUAAUUAAUGUAUCCUUUGGACACAUUAAAAUGAUUUGACCUGAUUUUCACACAUACAUUUAUAGUAAAUGAAUGUAGUAAAUUCAAUUAAAUAAUGAAUCAAUUAACCAGAAACAUUUUAUAUUUCUCAAAGUGGAACUGGAUGUUGGGGUUAUCAGCAGUUGAUUCUUGUUGGUCUAGAUUAAUCGGAUGAGUGAACUGAUUUGAAAGAGAACAGUUUGAAAUAAAAUUUGAAACAUG